AUGAAACUAGAUAAUAAUGCAGAAAAUAUAACUACAUGUAAGGAUUCAUUUUGCGAUGAACUAGAUGAUUGCUUUUUCAUGAAUCAUAAUUGUGAUGAUAAUUUUCAUAAUACAAAUGAUAUAUGUGAUUCAAGUUGUUGGACUAUUUGUUGUGAUGAUGAAAAUUGUAUACCAACUUUAAAAAGUCAGCAUAGAAAUAUAGACACUGGGUGUUGUGACGAACAUAUUUCAAAUAAAAUAGAAUGCUGUAAUCAACCUGAUUGUGAUAGUUUUGAAGUUCCUGAAGAUUUUGAAAUUUGUCAUGAUAUACAAUGUAGCUAUAGUCCUAAAAAUCAUCAUAAAGAAAUCAAUCGUCAAUGUGAAACAUCUGCAACUACAACUACAAGUUCAAAACGACCUAAUUCAAGCAGUUCACCUUCUCAAGAACAUAUACAUUUAUCCAAUCAAAACACGUUUCCACCACUUAAAAAGUCAAAAGUCAAUAAUUUUAAUGAAUAUGAUAUACACUUUCCAAAUGAAGGUCAACUCCAAGAUUCUACGAAAAAUUAUAACAACAAUCAUCUACAAAAAACUUGUUACCAUCCACCAAAUAAUGUAUCUCAAUCACAAGAUAUAAUGUCUGAUAUAGAUAAGAUUAUGAAGUACAAUGUCAUGUCAACGGAAUUUCAACCAACCGUGAAAAUAGAAGAUGAUCCACUACAGUAUUCAUGCCAAUGGGAACAUUGCUUUAAAAAAUUAAGUAAUGAUAAUUUCAUUAAUCAUAUAAUGGGGGAUCAUAUAAGUCAAGAACAAAAUGUGGGUAAAUCUUCAUCUUUCCAAUGUGAAUGGAGCAAUUGUAAUUAUUCCGAUUUAAACCUUGAUACUUUAUUAAAUCAUUUAGAGACACAUAAAAACAACACAACUAACUCAACAAAUUCUCAAAAUAUCAAUGUAUUAACUCCUUUAUCUUCGGCUAGUGGUAAUGCUCACGGAGAUUCACCAUCAGAACUUAAAACCAAUCAAGAAUACAACUACCUGUUCAAAAACUCUCCAACAAUGCAAGAGCAACCAACCGCAAUUACUCAAUUUAAAUGUAAUUGGCAAGUAGGUACAGAUGCUAAUGGUAAUCCUAUCCCGUGUCAUACAAUUCACACUACUGAAGGAGAUCUACAAAAUCAUAUAGUAACCGAACAUAUUGGCUCAGGUAAGUCAACAUAUUGUUGUGACUGGAUUGGAUGUGAUCGUCACAAGGGUAAAAUAUUCAAUCAAAGACAAAAAUUGUAUCGUCAUAUUCAUGUUCAUACAAAUUAUAAACCGUGUAAAUGUGAAAUAUGUGGUGCAUCUUUUGCAGUAGAAUCAAUGUUGAUUCAACAUUUGAGAAUUCAUUCAGGUGAAAAACCAUUUAGUUGUAAAAUUUGUGGUAAAAAAUUUGCAACUAGUAGCUCGUUAUCAAUACAUAAUAGAGUCCACACUGGUGAAAAGCCUUUGAAAUGUAAAUGGCCAGGUUGUGGUAAAUCUUUUAGUGAAAGUUCAAAUUUGACAAAACAUAUGAAAAUUCAUACAAAGAAAUUUGAAUGUGAAAUUUGUGGUGAAGCUUUUGUUAAAAAAUUUGAUUAUAAUAAACAUUUGAAAAUGCAUAAAGGAAGAGAUGACACUAGAGAUGAAGAGGAUGGUGAAAGAAACAUAUUAAUGACACCUUCUAUUAAAACUGAGUUUAUAACUACGUAA